AUGAAGCUUCUGGUACUCAUCUUCACUGUUAUGAUUGGGGUUUCUGCAAGACCUCAGGGCUACAGCCUUCUUCCGCCUUCCGGUCCAUCCUUCGCCCCUUUAACACCUCGAAGAUGCAACGAAGGUCAAGUGUUACAUGUGGACGGCAGGUGCGUUACUCCAAGAGUCAACCGUCGUGUUUUCUUGUAUGAUGUGCCAAGAAUUCCCACGCCUUCAGGUCCUCCACUUUUUAUCCCAGCACCAACUGUUGAGACCAAUCUGUUGUUCAUCCGAACUCCUGAAGGAGGACAAGGACCUGAUCCUAUCGUUGUGCCUCCUCCUCAGCAGCAGCACGUCGUGUAUGUUCUCAACAAACAGUCUGAAGGAGGUCAGAAGGUAAUUCACGUUCCAGCACCACCGUCAUCUGAUCCUGAUGUUUACUUCGUCAACUACGCUGAAGGAGAGAACCCCGUUCUUCCCAGUGGAGUCGAUCUGCAGACUGCACUGAAUGCAGCCUCUGUAAGUGGUGGUCAGUCGAAUGGAGAUCUUGGUGACAUCACUUCUAUUACUGCUGGAAGCAAUAAUGGAUUUGGAAUUAACAAUGGUUUUGGAAGCUUUGUUGUUGAUGAUGGUAUCGGUAGCAUUAGCGACCUUGGUUUUGGUAAUGGGUUUAGAAGUAAUGGUUUUCUGAGUAGCACAACACUUGGGUUAAAUAAUGGUUUUGGAAUUAACAAUGGUAUAGUAGGCAACGACGGUUUAGGAGGCAACAGUGGUUUUGAAAGCAGCAUAUCGUUAGGAGGGAACAAUGGUUUUGGAACCAGCAGUCGCUUCGAUGGUAGCAUCGGUGCUCUGGGAAUUAGCAAUGGUUUCGGACUUAAUGGUGGAAGUAUCACAGCUCUUCCAUCAAACGGACACGUUUCGCCGGUACCACAGUCAUACAGAACACCCUGA